GAUGCAAAUUCGACGGUCAAGCUUGUUAGUCCCACCUUUUUGUGUUUCCCGCACCGUCAAUCAAAAUAGAAAAAAAUCGACCCGAAUUCACCGAUCAACACUAGCCCGCCUUUGAUAAAAUAAUCAUGUUUGGAGUUUAGUUGAUCAGAUAAUCCUCCCGGUUACUACCAUUCACGCUAUGACUGGUACGUAAACAUUUAGCGCAUCGAAGCGUGCAACUAAUCGCGCCAGAGCAGCCUCUGAAACAAGGAGAAAUGGCGUCCGCGGACGUGGACAGCAGUCAAAGCGAGUUUCUGCAACCCGGCGGCGCAGCGGAAACACAGACGACAGAUAUGUCAGCCAUUCAGCUGACGGGUUCGGACAGAUGGGAGGUGUUAACUCCUGUCACAACUGGGAAGGAAGACCAGGGAGUCGUUCACAUUCCAAACUCGGGGAUUGUCACGUCCAACGGCCAGUACGUGCUUCCCAUUGGGAGUCUUCCCAGCCAGCCCAUUUAUGUUACAGCAUCUGGGAAUGAGGCCGCAGCCAAUGGAGUGGCAGGCAUUCAGUAUCAGGUCAUCCCUCAAAUCCAACAUGCCGAUGGGACACUGGCAGGGUUUCCAACACAGGGACUGGAUGAUGGCACUGGUCAAAUCCAGCUCCUCCAAGAUGGCAGCCAGGGCGGCAUCGGAAUCAGCUGUGCCACGACAGCCACCACAGACCUCCUGACGCAGACGGGGCAAGUACCGUCAAUCCAAGGCGUCUCACUGGCUGGGGGGUCAGCGUACACCGGCACAGUACCUGUGGGGCUGCCCAGCAACAUAACAUUUGUCCCUAUAAACAGUUUGGAUCUGGAGUCUUUAGGGUUGAGCGGAGCGCAGACGGUCCCCAUCGCAACAGGGGUAACACCCGAGGGUCAGUUGAUCAUGGGUGGUCAGACGCUGGAGAGUCAGGGUCAGGACUCUGGCGCCAAACAGCAGCUGGUGACGGUGAGCGAUGCCGGUGCCAACCCAGAACUCUACGUGCCAACCACCACCAAUUCCUCCUCCAGCUCCUCCCUUCCUGAGACCAUUGACGGCACCGGGGUUCUGACCCAAGCGACCGCCGUGUCCGCAGGCGUGUCCGACCCCUCCUCCUCGGCGAACUUCAACUCCCACAACCAAAUGCACCAAAUCCAGGUCUCAACCUCCAACGCAACCACUAUCUCACAGCCCAUCUUGCAGCUGUCUGGGGAUGGUCAGGCCCAGGUAGCCCAGGUGGCUCAGGGUCAGGACCUGAAUGCAGCAGGUCAGACUCUACAGAGUGUGCAGCUCGUCAACCCGGGGACUUUCCUCAUCCAGGCCCAAACUGUCACUGCUACCGGCCAGAUCCAGUGGCAAACCUUCCAGGUUCAGGGUGUCCAGUCACUCCAGGGGCUCCAGUUGCCCCAGGGACAGGGACAGGCUCAACAGCUGACCUUAGCUCCGGUCCAGACUCUCCCUUUGGGCCAGGCAGGCCAGGUCAGCCUACCCAACCUCCAGACAGUCACGGUGAACUCUGUAACACAGUCUGGAGUUCAGUACACACAAGGGGAGGAUGCAAACAGUCCAGCUGGUAUUCAGAUUAAGGAGGAGCCAGACUCUGAAGAGUGGCAGCUGAGUGGAGACUCCACGCUGAACCCCAGUGAUCUGAACAACCUGCGCGGUCAGAUGGGAGACGAGGACAUGGAGACGCCAAGCGGGGAGGGCAAGAGGCUCCGCAGAGUAGCCUGCACCUGCCCCAACUGCAAAGAGUCAGGAGGAAGAGGUUCCGGCAUGGGGAAGAAGAAGCAGCAUAUCUGCCACAUCGCCGGCUGUGGGAAGGUUUACGGGAAGACGUCUCACCUCCGAGCCCACCUGCGCUGGCACAGCGGAGAGAGACCCUUCGUCUGCAACUGGAUGUUCUGCGGGAAGAGGUUCACCAGGAGCGACGAGCUGCAGAGACACAGGAGGACGCACACAGGGGAGAAGAAGUUUGUGUGCACAGAGUGCUCCAAGAGGUUCAUGCGGAGCGACCACCUGGCCAAGCACAUAAAGACUCACCAGAAUAAAAAAGGCGUUCCCUCCACGUCUCCGCCCACCACUGACACCGUCAUCACCGCCGACGGAACCACACUCAUCCUCCAGACCGCCACCACCCACGACCUUGUAGGCAAUCAGGAGAUCCCUUUACAGCUGGUCACCGUGGCGCCCGCCGAGGUCAUGGAGUGAGGAGGCAGAUGGGGUGAGGUGGCUUUGUUUUUUUUUUGUUUGUUUGUUUUUGUUUUGUUUUGUUUUUUGAGAACUGGCCUAUCACAGGGACCUCUUGGGCUUUUCUCUUUCCCUCUUACCUUUUCUUUUGUUUGUUUUUUACAUAUGAAUAUAUACGUAAAUAUAUAUGACAAAUAUAUAUAUUUUAAGUAAGAGUUAUCAUGACUUUAUGUUUGUUUUUUUGCAGUCUUUUUAUAGGCGGGCAAAAAAAAAAUAACAUUAAAAUGUGGUUGCUAAUGUACACGCAUAAACACACACAUGCAGACACACACACACACACAUGACAAAACAUGUAUUAACACUCAACACGCAACAUAAAUAUUCAACACAAUGAAAUGCCUUAUUUUGUAUCAUACUCUUGUAUAAAAUGCUGGAGGUGCAUGUGUUUUUUAAGCUUUGCAGAUGAUGUAACUGUAACAGAGAUAAAUGUGUUUGUGAAAUGGAGAUGAUGAUGAUGAUGAGGAGGAGGAGAAGAGGAAGUAGCGAACCUCUCUGGAAUGACUGAGUUUUUGUCUCUGGAGAGACUGGACAGAGUGGGGCUGUUUGAAGCAGCACUGCAUCCACGCCAAACUGUUGCGCUGCUGCCGCCAUGAACGAACGGCCGCGAUCAUAAAGGAGUAGUUCAACAAUCUGGGGACAAUUUGCUUUCUUCCCGAGAGUUCUCAUCUAAAUAAAUCUCGGCGAGAAAGAAAAAUGAGCGCGUUUCCCUUAUGUCGAACCUGCAGCAGCUGUCGCCCAAUCACAGACAACCAACAGGACGGCGACGCUGAUGUCGUGCCGUGCUGCUUCAAGCAGAGCGGGAGGUUCAGCUGACGGUCGGAGCAGGACGACAGUGACGCUGUUAACUGAUCUGAAGUCGGCGUUUUCCUCCUCGAGGGUUGUGGGGGGUUGGGGGGGUUGGGGGGGGGGGGGAGUAGAUGCAAGCCGCUCUGAAAAAGGGCAACUUCUUCCAGCAUCUGGUCAGUCUGAACAGAAUGUCUCAUCUGCCCUCACGAGCACGCCGUCCGCUGUGCUUGUCCACGUCAAAACGCGUCUUUAUUUUUCUUUCUUCCUUUCUUUCUUUCUUUUUUCAUAUUUUCAUUGUAAAUUCACAUUUUGUUUCUUUUUUUCUUUUUUUUUUUCCACGUCUCUUCGUCGAUCUGGGUGUCAUCUAAAGCCACAUGAUGGUGAUCGUAGAUUUUAAUGUGGUUUAGAGUGGUUACCGCUGAAUUCCUGCAGGGCUCUUCACUGUCAGCUGCACAUGGUGGCGGCGGGAGAACGUGCACCUAUAUAUAUAUAUAUAUAUUUUUUUUUUUUGUUUAUGAAAAUCGAGAAACGGAUGCAACAAAUCAGCAAGCCCUCAAGGGUGUUUUUGUCAUCGAACAUUCCAGUUGGACACCAGAUGAUGUGGGAUUAGCUUUGCAAUAACUGCGUUGUUGGCAACUGUGGCCAGAUGUCACUCAAGUUAAAAAGGAAUACAAUCAUGCCAUUGUUUUUUUUUUGUUUUGUUUUGUUUUUUUUUUAAGUUUUAAUUAAUGUAAUCCCUUCCUCAGUUUGUCCUCAUGUUUGUAGCAUUCAUUUACAUGUAUAUUAUCUUAUUUUGUUUAUAGAAGCCAUUACUUAGUUAACUGAAUUUGUUGUAUCAAAACCUUAUUUUAAGUGAUUUUUUUAAAGAAUUGGUGUAAAAAUUGAAUGUUACCUUUUGUAAAACCUUUUUUCAAAUGGAUCACAAUAAAAGUCUGAAACCUUCCA